CCCUCGUUGCCACCUGGCCCUCCUGAUCGACGACACACGCACUUGAAACUUGUUCUCAGAGUGUGUGGAAUCAACUUUCCGGAAGCAACCAGCCCACCAGAGGAGGUCCUGAGAGCGAGAGGAAACGAUGCUGUGGAGGCUGGUACAGCAGUGGAGCGUCGCAGUGUUUUUGCUGAGCUAUUCGGUGCCCUCCUGCGGGCGCUCGGUGGAGGAGCUGGGCCGCCGGCUCAAAAGAGCCGUGUCUGAACAUCAGCUCCUCCAUGACAAGGGGAAGUCCAUCCAAGACUUACGGCGACGAUUCUUCCUCCACAACCUGAUCGCAGAAAUCCACACAGCUGAAAUCAGAACUACCUCGGAGGUUUCCCCGAACUCCAAGCCUGCUCCCAACACAAAGAACCACCCCGUGCGAUUUGGAUCUGAUGAUGAGGGCCGAUACCUAACUCAAGAAACCAACAAGGUGGAAACAUACAAAGAGCAGCCACUGAAGACACCUGGCAAGAAAAAGAAAGGCAAGCCUGGAAAACGCAAGGAGCAGGAAAAGAAGAAACGGCGGACUCGAUCAGCCGGGCUAAACUCUGGCAUGGCUGCGAGUGGGCUAGAAGGGGACCACCUCUCUGACAUCUCCACGACAUCGCUGGAGUUCAAUUUCCGGAGGCAUUGAAAUUUUUGCAAAGAACUUCAGAAGACAUAUUGCAGAAUUCUGUAAUAGUGAACAUAUGGAAAGUAUUAGAAAUAUUUAUUGUCUGUAAAUACUGUAAAUGCAUUGGAAUAAAACUGUCUCCCUCAUUGCUCUAUGAAA